AUGGAUGCUUGGAUUUCAUUGGAUUCUUAUAGUGUAUCAUCAUCAUCAUCAUCAUCAUCGUCGUCGUGUUCAGAAUCAUUUUAUCAAAGUUUAAAAGAAGUUUCAUCUACUAUACAAUACGAAGAUCAACCGACAUCGACAACGACAAACGAUAAAGAUUUAACAACUACAAACAUUUUUAAAAACGAUGACGAUGACGAUGACGACAAAACUAUUUCAUCCAGUCCCGCUUUUGGUGGAGUCAAAGGAAAUAACAUAACGACUACGUCACAAAAUGGCGGACAAACAUCUGGAAUAUCAAAAACGGAACCGAAACCCGUCGAAUGCGCUUUGUGUCAUAGAAAAUUUAAAAAUAUUCCAGCAUUGAAUGGACAUAUGAGAUUGCACGGAGGUUAUUUUAAAAAGGAUUCGGAAGCGAAAAAAUGCGAGAAAAAGGAAGUGAAUGGACCACCCCUACAAACGGCGAGUAUGAGCGUCAGAGCUUUAAUAGAAGAAAAAAUUAUACAGAAGAGAAAUACAAACACACAAAAUGUUGUCGCCGUUUCGAGUGAUAAUAAUAACGGAAGUAAAAAUGUAACCGGAAGGAAUUUGGUUGCGGCGACUACGACACCGAAACAAAAUCAAGAACAAGAUUUAAAUAUAAAACUAUCGUCGUUUGCCGUACCCGCUCCGCCGAUACAGACGACGACGACGACGAUACUCUCGUCGUCUGAAAAAAUAAGACGUCAUUCUGAUUCUGAACAUUUUUUACCACCGAGAGCACCCUCGGGAGUUCAACAGGAAGCGCAAGCUCUAGCCGAAUUAUUAUUAAAAAGAGGGAAAAAAUUAUCGGUUAAAAGAGCGAGUUCGGAUCCUGGAGCCAUCAUUAAUCCGAGUAGUCCGCUCCAGUUGAGCGCCAACAGCAGUCCGGGUCCUCCGUUGCAAUUGAGUUUUCAAUCUCCCGAUUACACGUUGAGCGGCGUGACGUAUCAAACGGAAGAUGGCGGUUAUUUUUCACCCAAUCUUCAAGAGGAUGUUUUUCAACAAGUUUCUGCGGAUUCUAUGCUUUUGCAGGGUGUGGAUCCCAAUCAAUUGACUGAUUCGUUGCAAUUUCAAGCGUCUCUUCUGCAAGAUCAAACGGAUCAAUUAGCUUUGGAAGAAUAUCAGGGUUCAAACACUCAAGAUUUGCAAGCCGUUUUCAAUUCGGCUCUUCCUGUCAAUUUGGCCGAGUUUGGAACUUAUGGCGGUUCUCAAACGGAAAGUCCGAAAGAUUUGCAAUAUCAUCAGGAUUCUCCGUUGCAACAGACGAAGGAUUUUGUUAAUUACGUCAACUCUCCUCAUCCGUCUUUAGCGACACAAAGUCCACUUCCAUCUCCGAUCACGCAUCACGAUUCACCGAGUUUCACUUAUCCCACUCCGCCGGCUAGUCAAGAAGGUCAAAGUCCAUCUUUCGGUCAGGGACUCCUUACCGGGUCUCUUCGUAUAUCGUCGCCUCAGCAAAGUAACGACGGAUUCGUACAAUCUGUUAUUUCGCACGGCGGGGGACCAGUCCCGGUUUCGUCGCCGUUGUCCUCUGCCUUUUACACGUCAACGAUGUCCAGUGCCGCUGCCGUUGAAGCAGCUUUAUCAGAGGUUUUACCUUUAGACAGCCAAAAUACUUGCAACGGUCCCGUACGACUCAGCAUGUAUCAACCUUCGCCGCCUCCUCAUUCUCCAUUUUCGGGUACUCCCGUUCCAUCACCUUUAUCAUUAUCGAGCGUGCCGGCUUCUUCCUCUUCCGUGUCUUCCCCGAUGCCUCAAACUGCCUUUAAUAAUUCCCAAAAUCACAAUUCUUUUCCACUUUCUCCGCAGCAAACUUUGCAAUCUCAAAUGAUGCCAAAUUCCGAAGAUCCACUCUUAUCCAGUAGUCCGAAAGAUUUCGCGAGCAGAAAAAGAUUCGAUUUUAACGGAGUUCAUUCCUUUAAACUCAUCGGAAAUGGAAUGGUGGAUCUCGGAAGCGGAGGAUUGGGAAUCAUGGUGGAUACAAACGGAGAGCUUAAAAUAUUUCAAGCAGCAUCUCCGCAGCAAGCCAAAAAUUUAGUCAUGUCUGGAGCUUCAAUAAUUAAUUCAACGACUGGAACCUACGUCAGAAAAGCUGAAACAGGAACGCCGAUCAGGAUAACCGGAAGUUAUACGACGCCACAACAUUUCACAAUAUUACAAAAUGUUUUACGUAAUCAAAGGCCCAAGGUUCAAAUUCCGUUAGAAAAUUUAAAAGAAGAAGUAGAAGACGAUGUUUUCGUGAGUCCUUCGAGUAUUCCUUCGAGCCCGUCGAGAGCAAUGAAAAGGAAAUCAGUGAAAAUGGAACCAUUUUUUGGAACUACGACUCCUUUUCACACGGGUCAUCAAUCAAAAUUAAGAGCCCCCCGAGUUAAAGACAUUGGAACUCCUCCGCCGUAUACGCCAGCUCCGAUGUUGAGCCCGAAUAGGCCGGGACAAGGGCUUUACUGGCAAGCCAUAACUUCGGCAACUUCUUCAUCAUCGUGGCCAACAUCAACAACUAUCGGUGCAGCAACAGAAAAGAACGAAUUUUCGGAUUCACCGAUAGAAAGUGAUGCUCACCCACACAUAAACAUCGGUCCUAGACAUCAAGCAACGAUUCCCAGUCUGGAGACUGAUUUUUUUAAAUUAGAUAGAGAACCAUCUUACGAGCAUCUCCUUUGGGAUCCGGGCAUAGGAAAACUUUGCAACGAUUCCGAAAUCGAAAUGUAUUUGGAAUUUGCCUGUUGUGCUGCUGUUCCCGGAGGUGGUCGUAACAAAGAAUACGCAUUACACCUCCUUAAUAUGUGCCAUGGAAACAUUCAUGAGGCCAUGUUGAAACUCAUGCAACCCACACCCUGGCUUCCACCUGGUCAUCCUCUCUUGGCCUACGAAUAUGCAGAAAGCGAUAGGUGGAGCGCCGACGAAGUUGAUGCAUUUCAUCAAGGUUUGCUCAAAUUCGAUAAGGAUUUCCAGACAAUCGCCCACGAGAUUGGGUCAAAAACAAUAAAGCAAUGUAUUCAGUUUUAUUAUUUAUGGAAGAAAAUCUGCCCUGAGGAGUACAAAAGAUUGCGAUUGUUAAGACGAAGAAAAGAAUCUGAGCCAAUAAAAACGGAAAUGGAUUUAGAUUACGACGAAAUUAAAAUUGAACCCGAUUUAAGGCAUUCAAGCCCCGCAAACGAUGUCGAUCUUGUAUCAACGAGUUCGGAAAGUCGACUUUUCGUAUGCGAAUACACGGAUUGUUCAGCUAGUUUUAAUUCUCGUGCUGCAUUGAGUGGUCACAUAAGAAUACACGGUGGUACUCUUGGCGGACGUGCGUCGACACCGGACAGAAGAGGAAACGGAGUCGGAAACUCGUUAGAAGAGUUUCCCUGCAAGAUCUGCGGGAAAAUUUUCAGCAAAGUUAAAAGUCGUAGCGCUCACAUGAAAUCUCACAGGCCACCCGAUGCCGAACCUAAAAAAUCAAAAGUCGACACACACAAAGCUGAACUUGCCGAACAAGCCGUUGGGAGAACGGUUGGAGUUACCAGUUCUUCGAUUCCUAUAUCGAGAUUAACUUAG